GAGGAAAGGAGGAAAGAAAGAACGGCGGGAGAGGAAGGGAGAGGGAAAUAAAGAAGAACGAAAGGUAGUCAGAGUGUACAGGACACGAGGAGAGAGACGACAGGGCGAGAGAAAGACACACGAAGCGCGUUAGAGUGCGUGAUCCAAAAUGGCGCUGAACCAGGACGUGGACCAGUUGUCGAAGAGUAAUCUCGUAGUAAGGAUCGAUCAAAAUUCUGAAUCGGAUCUACAGGCACUAUUCGACAGCGUCCUGAAGCCAGACUCGAAGCGUCCGCUGCAAGUACCACUGCGCAUGCGCAAUCUACCAGAUUCCUUCUUUAAUCCACCGUCGACGGGUAGCAAGAGUCCCUCGAUCUCGCAUUCCCGGGAGAAUUCGGCGGAUUCGGCGUUCGGUACAGCAGCCGCAGCCGCGGCGGCAGCGGUCGGCGGCGGCGGGCCAGCACCCGGUGGAAAUGCAACCGGUACACCGGCUACCGGAGCAGCAGGUGCGGCUACUGGUGGAAGUGGAAACAGCGCUGGUAGCGGAUCGAACGCCGCAGGUGCGGCUGCGGCUGCAGUGGCGGCUGCGGCCGCGGCUGGCCUCACCGUUGCUCAUCCUCGUGCCCACAGCAGCCCGGCCUCACUUCAGCAAACCUACGCCUCGGCCCAGCAGGCGCCUCAGCACGCGCCUCAGCCGCACGCGCGUCACCAUCAUCACCAGAAGCAACGCAGCUACGACGUCAUCAGUACGGUCGACGACCUGGGUCCCCUGCCGCAUGGAUGGGAACAGGCGCGCACCCCCGAGGGACAAAUCUACUUUCUCAACCACCUGACGCGAACCACGACAUGGGAAGAUCCGCGAAAAACAGCGGCAGCAGCGAACGUGGCGGCUGUGGCUGCCGCCGUCGACAAUGGCAAAUCCACGACCGGCGCUACCAAUACUCUAGGUCCAUUGCCCGACGGAUGGGAGCAAGCGCGUACUCCUGAAGGAGAAAUCUACUUCAUUAAUCAUCAGACACGCACCACUUCGUGGUUCGAUCCAAGAAUCCCCACGCAUCUUCAAAGAGCUCCAACUUCGGGCGCGAUGUUACCGCAAAACUGGCUUCAGCAGCAACCCACAGGUGGUGGUAUUCAGAGUAAUCAAACACUGCAAGCGUGUCAACAGAAACUUCGUCUUCAGUCGCUACAGAUGGAACGCGAGCGUCUCAAGCAACGGCAACAGGAAAUUAUGCGCCAGCAGGAGCUCAUGCUCCGACAGAGCACCACCGACGCCGCCAUGGAUCCGUUUUUAUCGGGAAUCAACGAGCAACACGCGCGCCAGGAAAGCGCGGAUAGCGGUCUAGGACUUGGUUCUGCUUAUUCUCUUCCACAUACGCCGGAAGACUUCCUCGCGAAUAUCGACGACAAUAUGGAUGGCACAAGCGAUGGUGGCGCACCUAUGGAAACCCCAGAUCUCUCUACUUUGAGCGAUAAUAUCGAUUCGACCGAUGAUCUUGUUCCAUCGUUACAGCUGAGCGAAGAUUUUAGUAGCGAUAUUUUGGACGACGUGCAAUCACUGAUAAACCCUAAUACGACGAAACCUGAAAACGUGCUGACGUGGCUGUAGUAUGGAGGUGGGAAUUGUCUAUGACAGGCAAGCAAUUUAUGAAAUCGAUUCGUUAAAAAAAAUUGCAAUUUCAAUAUGUCUAAACCGAAUGGAACGAUUCUAGAGGAUCUUACCAAUAACGUAACGACUAUUCCAUAAAAAAAAAAACAAAAGAAAAAAACAAAAAAAAA